GUACACCUGGUACGAUAGUAAACUAACAUUCCUCAAUUACUUCAAUCUAAUUCAUAAGUGAAAAAUUAGAUUUAGUUUAGUUUUUAAAAUUAUUUAACAUAUUUUGAUAGUUUUAUUUUAAAUUAAUAUUUUGUUUUCAAUCAUAUAAAUUACUUUUAACAAUUUAACUUCUGAGAGAAAUAUCGAUAUCUUGAGCGAUAAAGGGGGCAUGGCAACAACAAAUUCCCAACAACAAACUAAAAUAAAAGAAUUGACAAUGCUUCACGAUAAAAUGUAUUAUUCGGCUUCAACUGCUCUGGAAGACUACAUCAAUGAAUAUGAGGGAAAGGUUGCAAGUCAGGUGAAAGAUAGGUAUGAAAGGGAAUUGAUUGAGUUAUUUGCUACACCAACAUUAUCAGAAAAAAGUCUUAUUUUAAAUAACAAUCAAGACGAAUCCAUAUCAAACGAUUUCUCCGAGUCACUCCAAAUAACUAGUACACCAAUGAAUUACAAGACAAUAAAAUUAACUGAUCCUGUACAUGGGCUCUCUCCUAUAGGUGAUAUGAAUUCAACAAUUAAAGAACCACAUACAGAAUCUACAGACACUCAAAGAGAGAUAUCCAACGAGUUUGGUUCGGAAAAUGAAAGAAGGCGUUUAUUUGUGAGGCAAUUGAUCAAAGAAAUCGAAGAUGACGUAUCUAGUAUAGCGAGUUCUCGGAACGAAUUUGAAGUUGUUAAUUGGACCAGCGGAGAAGAUGAAACUACAGAAAUGCUUUUAAAAAAGACGCAAGAGCUAUGUGCUAGAGCCGAAAGAUGUUUUUAUCCUGGAAUGUUUGAUAACAAUCGAGAAAUAAGCGAUUCAACAUCAUUAGCAACAGAAAAUGACGUUGACAUAUCAUUGCUUGUAGAUGAAAUUAACAAUCGAUCAUCAGAAAAUACACAUAACCAGGAGCAGCAGGUUCCCUACGACGAAUUACAAGCUUCCAUUAGUCGUGGAGAAGAAAUAGCCGAAGGUCUAUCAAACAGUAUCCGCCAAUUAUUAUCCUACAAGAACGAAAGAAUUGCAAGUAGCGAAUCUUUAGAAAAGGCUGUCUAUCAUUUAAAUAAACUGAAAUCUUUAAUGCAAAUAAGCAGAGAGUGA